AUGGCUAAUACCAGCCCCACCGAUUACAAGAGACUCUUCUUGCAGGCCGAAGAGCAUCAGAGACAGGAAGAGGAGAGACGGAAGCAGGCCGAAGAGCGAGAGAAGCAAGCCGAAGAGCGAGAGAAGCAGCAAAGAGAGCGCAACCGACGAACGACAUUUGCAGAACUCUUACGCUUCUGCCACAGCUUACUUUCCCUACCGUUGAGAGUCGAAACACCAUCUCGCUCCACUACAGGGAGCAUACCUCCUCCCACCGGAAAAUACUGUCCCACACGACUAGCACUAUGGACCGAUUGUUCAGCCCAACAGCAGAAAAUAUACAGCUCUGUGUGCAAUUACCUCCAGCCAACCGAGGAAGCCGGAGCACGAUUGUUUACCCCCUUGAUUGCGCUUGAAGAGGAUGCCAGACGAUUCGGUCUCCGUCCAAUUAGCAGUGAACAAGGUCUCGAGGACUACGAACGAACCGCCGUGGAAGAUCAUGUCCGUGAUAUAAUUGUAGAGCUAUGCAAAAUCGACGCUGCUCGAGACGAGUUCGGACUUGGAGACGGAAUCUGGUUCGACAAUCACACCAACUCUUUCAAUCCACGCGGCGGUAACGAGGCAAAUGCAAACCAACCAUCAGGCAUACAUCACCCCCGACCCGAUCAGUUCUGUAUCCACCGAGUCGACGGCAACACUAACACCCUCCUCACUACGGUUGAAUACAAGCCGCCACACAAGCUUUCUGUCGAAGCCCUUCGCGUGGGGCUCAGGGAAAUGGACUUAUGGAAAUGCAUGGUCAGAUCAAACAAAAUCACGACGGAUCACGCAGAGAAAUUGAAAUACAAUGCAGAGCGACUCGUGUGCUCCGCUCUUGUCCAGGAAUACCAUGUGAUGAUCCAGGAGGGACUCGAGUACUCGUAUGUCACUAAUGGGAUCGCUCGUGUCCUUCUCCGCGUUCCAUACAACGAUCCUAGCACACUGUACUACUUUCUCUGUGAUCCCAACAGCGAGCAAAGUUUCCGACGACCUCCAUCGCGGGGGUUCUGUAUCCCUAAGGAGGUCUUACAGCAAAUCGCUCCGCACUCCGACAGUACCAACUCCGAAUAUCGGGUCGCCGAGUGCCCACGAGGUCUCAAGCCAGUUGUGCGCCCUCGGACGUCCGACACCGGACGCAGUCGCCAGAAUCGUCAGGCUCCGACUCGAAUCAAGCGACCGGGCGCAAACGGGGCUUCAGCCAAGUCACAUCUUCCCCUUCCGCCCAACGAGCGGCUCGUCAACGCGAAACUGGGAGAGAUCGAGGCAGCCAUUCUAAACGCCAUAAUACACAAUUUUGCACCCAGCGAUCUCCAUCGUCGGGGUCAAGAUUUCAUCAAACACACCAUCAACUCGGAGGAUUUGAUGCGUUUACUAAAAGCACAACUAGAUGAGAACAUUGACCGAUGCAUCCCCCUUGGAAAUUGCGGGGCAUACGGUGCGCCGUUUAAACUCAUUUGUGCUAAAUAUGGCUAUGUUGUUGUUGGGAAAGGGACCACAUCGGGCCUCUGGAAAGAAGUCUCCCGCGAAGCGCAGGUAUAUCAAAUCCUACGAAAGGCUCAAGCAUCCGCUGUGCCUGUUUUCCUCGGUACAAUCGACUUAGCAAAAAUUUAUUUUCUUCAUGGGGCUGGGGAGAUUCGGCACAUGCUCGUCAUGGGCUGGGGAGGCGAUAGCACCGCAACGAUGGAGCUGACAUCGGAGCUUCUCAACCAUAUUCACAAAUCGAAUAAGGAAAUUAAAGCCUUGGGAAUCGUCCACGAAGACCUUCGGCCUGACAAUGUCCUUUGGAAUAAAGAGCUCGGGCGGGCGUUAAUCAUCGACUUUCACCGAUCUACAUUGAGGUAUCGGCCAGUUCCAAAGCGACCACGAGCAAAGCGGCAAUUGUUGCGGACCGAGUCAGGAGAUGCAAAGCGUUUACGUGUUCUUUGA